AUGAUGCAAUUAAUAGAUCAAAAUCAGUCGACGUUAUUUCAAAAAAAUGCCAAUAAACCAUUAAAUGUUAUCCGAUGUAAAUUGUCAAGCGUAGAUGAUCAACCGAUAAGUGAAAAAUUGAAUAAAAACUGGACAAUGAAGUCAUUGUUACAGAAAUCAAAACCGAAGAGUGAAUGGGAUAAAUAUGCUGUAGUCGAUCGUUCGAACUGGUUUAAAUCACAGAUGCCUAAAAGUCCAAGUCCUACACAUUAUAAUAUCAAGCGAAUACACGUUGAACGUCCACUUACCUACAGCUUCAAAAAUACAGGAAGAAUGAAGCCAUCACCAAUUUUAACAAAUACUAAUAAUGGAUUAUGGCUUCUUCCUGGAGCGUAUGAAGUUUGUAAAGUGGAUGAAAAAUUGAAUCAAUGUCAACGUUCAUAUUCUUUUAAAAGUAUGCCAAGAAAAUUCAAUGAUAUUUUAUUCGGUAGACAAGAUAAAGAUUUAUGUCUAGCUCCUGGCCAAUACAAUCCCUAUAACGAAACUUCAAGGUACCAUUCUCAGUCUCCAUCAUACCAUAGUGCAUUCAAGUCGAAGAAUUCAAGGUCUGUAACUAGAGUGAAACAAGAUCAGGUGCCACCCCCUGGAGCUUAUAAUUUAUAUUCUCGAGAAAAUAGUGCCAUAACUUCACCAUUUGUUUCACAAGUACCUAGAUUUAGACGGACAAAAUCAGUGAGUAUUUUUUCUGUUCUCUGUUAUAUUGUGAAUUUUAAAUUUAAUGCUUACACAUUGACAAAUGAAAUCUAUACUUAUAUUGAAUCUUUAACUUUAUUUAAAUGA